GAGAGUCUUAAUCGGUUUAUGUGCAGUUUUAUCGUUGACCUUCAGUUUUCCCAUACAAAAACGGCAAAAAAGUGACGACGGUUGUCCCUAUUUAAUAGAACAGGAGCAAAUGUUUAAUUGGUAUGAGGCCUGGGAGCAAUGCCUGCACAAUAAUAUGACCCUUUUGGCUAUGGACUCAGCCCAUAAAUAUCGUCAGAUCACCAUGCUGCUCAAAGAAGUAUUGCCCAAUAAUCUCACAUACUCGUAUUGGAUAGGGGCCCACGAUUUGGCACGUGCUAAACAUUUUGUAUGGCAAAGUACUGGUAGAGCUAUGCAAUUUACAAAUUGGAGCUCAUCUCAACCGAGUUAUGGCUCCGAUCAUUGUGUGCGCAUUGCGCGUUCAAAAGAAGAUCAAUGGAUCGAUUCUGUCUGCUCUAAUAAUUACGGAUACAUAUGUGAAAAUUUGCAAUGUUCAAAUGAAAGAAGCUUGGUAUAUGAAAACGGGACACCAUCGUCCAAAUAUAAUGUGAACUUUUGGAAUGUGCUUGGAAAUCAAAAGUCAUGAGGUCAAGUACAAAAAAAGAAAAAUAAAUAAAAUGAAGUUUUAAUCUGAUGUAAAUCAACCAAAUAGAA